GCCAAUGCGCAUGCGUGGAGAAACUUUGAAAAUGGCGGAGGAAUUGAAUGAAUGAAAUGCAAAUGUUUAACAUUUCGAUUAUUUUAAUUUGGACAAAUUUAGUGCAAUAUAAUAAGUACAGCAAAAGGAUUAUCACAGCUGAUCAUUUUACUAGGACUUUUUCUGUUUUACAACACUGAAAGAUGGACAGAUUCAAUUACCAUUCACCAAUAACCGACUCAGUAUACAACAGACCCUACCUCUCUUCCACUCCAGAUGUUUUACAAUCGAGACAAUACAGAGACUUGAACUUGAACAACAAUCUGAGUAGCUAUGAAAGAGGGGGUCUGUUUGGGGACAGAAUAUCAUUUGGUUCCCCAAGUUACCCCUCCCCACUUGACAGGAUUCGGGCUGACAGAACUGACUUCAGAUAUGCAUCAGAACUGAAUGGGGUGAAGGAAUCAUCAUUUGAAAUAAAUCAGUCAUUUCCAAAGAUGACAAAAACAGCAAGAUGUCUAGACGAAACCAUGGCAAAACCAAAGGCCAAGAAACUCUGUCCGAGAGAGGAGAUGAACACUAUAGAUUGCGAGUUCCAUGAUGUUAGCUUCAGUCCUGGACCUAGUAAAGGGUGCUUUUCCUCUGAUGCCCAUCCAGACAGGGAGAAUUUAUCAUUUUACAACAAUAUAGGAGGGGGGCAGUUGGGAAUGGUCUUUCCUACAACCAUACGAAAUCCAAACAAAGCCAUCUGUACGAUUGAUUCUAAGUCAUCAGAGAUCUUAAUUGCAAAUGACAUGACAUGUGAACUAUUUGGAUAUGAAACAGAAGAGCUUUUAGGCAAAAAACUGAAAGAUUUGAUCAAACUGAAGCCCAAAGACCAGGCUACGAUUUUGGAAUGCCACUUUGAUGAGUCAUCUGGAGAUAUCAUCAGCCUUGCUGGCAAAGUGGUGGAUGCUACUGAUAGCAAUGGUCUGAUCAUGCCAAUAUCAGUGUGGGUCAAAAGAUUAGAACAAGAAACAGAGCACAGGGCCGUGGUUGUCAUGGAGCCGGUUGAAAGAACUGUUGCCAUGGUGACAUUUAAUACAGAGGGAACAAUUCUAUCCUGUGACCAUCAGAUGGCCUACUUGUAUGGAUAUUUCUCACCAGAUGACUUGGAAGGCCUCAAAAUUAAACAAUUGAUUCCCUCCCUCAAAUUGCCUGUUGUAGGAAAGCCAUUGGAAAAGGAAGUGAGAAAACAGAGAGCAACUGGACGCACUAAAGAUGGGGCUUCAUUUCCACUCAGUCUGUCUGUCAAGUUAGCAACAGAGGUGAAUUCUGGCAACGAAUCUACAGGAGGUAUCCAUGACGACAGGGAAAACAUCUAUGUUGGUGUACUAUGGGUGUUCUCAAACAUCAGCGGUCUUGUUACCCUGCUUCCUGAUGGCACCAUAAACAGUAUCAAUGAAAACUUUGCCUUAAUGCUUUUUGGGUAUUCAAGAGCUGACCUCCUUGGAAAGGAUAUUUCAAUGUUGAUACCAGAUUUCUAUGACAUCCUGGAACUCGAGAAUUCAGACGCUGGAAGUUUCCAUAGUGGCCUGAGCAACCCAAACCAGUUACCAGAUGACAGAAAAGACAUGAGGGAAGUGGACAGCAGUGAUGAUCAGGGUAUAGGGAGCAGUUUAAUCUCUAACCAGUGUCCUCCAGCUAUAGACGCUCAUCCAAUGCUGGGACCGGGGGUCACUUCUACCCCCAACAGGAAUCAAACAGUUUCAUUUCUAAGGAAAGGAUCUGAUAGGGAUUUAGGAAGUGAGGUGGAGAUUUCACCUUUAGCUGUGGACGUGAACAAAGACCUGAUAGGUAGACUAGAACUCAGUGACAGUGAUGAGGAGAUGACUGUUCCUCCUCUGGUUAGAAUGGAUGCAAGGUCACCAGAAAACAACCAUAGUAAUGUGUCUACCUCCAGCACAGAGACUAUUCCAACGGCAAGGGAGGUAACCAGAAAUGUGGCAGUGACUCCAGGAGAGGCAAAAGAGGAACAAAGAGAAAUGCCUGAUCCAAGUCAAAGUUUGGAAGAAAAUAUGGAUGGCAAAGUUAAGGUGGCUUCUGAAAUAAACAAGAGUAUGGAUUGGUUUCAAAAAGUAGAGGGACAAGACCUGGAGAUCGUAGACUGUGUUAAAGAUAAAAGAUUUGAUUGUAAUUCUGAACAUAAGGAAUUCCGACCUCCGGAGUCCUCAAUGUCAGCACAGACACCAGUUCUUAACAAAGAAAGUGUGGAAGUCUCUUCUGAAAGGAUAACAGAUACUGUUGAGGUGGCUGAUAGGACAGAAUUUCUCCAAACGCUUCACGACACAAAUAAAAUAUUGAUGGAGAUCAAGUCAAGUAUUGGAAGUGACAGACUUGUUACAGAACAGAAAGUCAGUGAAGACAGCAUGAAAGAGAACACAGAGAAAGAAGUGCAAGAAGGUGUGAAUGUAGAGACAGGUGAUGGAGAUUUAAAUGGGAAUCAAAAUGUUUCAAAUUCCACAAUAGAACUGUUAACUGCCGAUGUAGGAGUACUAGACCUGAGCGACUCGGACUCUCCAGACAGAAGCAAAGAAAGAGGCAAGAAAUCUAUUUUGGGGGACACAUCAGGGACUUUCGCUGAUAUCAGCGACAGUGUCCAUUCUAGUGCUAUAUUGAAAGACAGCUCCAGGGAAAGUCUCAGGGAAGAUCUAUCUUUUCCUGCUAGUCAUGACUAUAUUCCUAAGUGCAAUACAGAUUGUGUUAUUGAUGAGAUUAGUUCUGUGGAAAAUUCUGUUGAUCAUGGAAAGGAUGCAGGUUUACCAAACUUGUUGAUUCGACAGAUGAGGCUGAACUGUAGCCAUUCCAGCGGGCAUAGUACAGACCACCCGUCUGAAUCCUCGUGUGAUCCAAUAACUAGCUACACCCACAGCAGCUUUCUAACUGACAGUGUGAGUUUUCAUGAGAGAGACAGUGGCUGUAGUCCUAGGAAACACAAAAGGAAGGACAGGCGACGGGAUCCCCCUCAUCAACAAAGCUCGUCGUCUGCAAGUCAGUCAGUGGUAUUCCCAGAAGGAUCGUACGCAGGGCAGGGAAAACACAGAGAUAGAUCAUAUUUAGGGAUUAUAUUCCAGAUAAAGCGUGUAAUAUUGGAGGAUGGGAGUGUCCGGUAUUGUAUGUGGGUGUCCAGGGACCCCGAGGAACCAGCAGAAGGUGGGAGAUCGUUUGCCAAUCUCACGCUUGCCACAACUCUUAACAGCACUGUGGACUGCUCGGGCAACUAUAGUCUGGGGGAUCUACUGGCAGAAAAAGCUUGUUCUGACUCCAAAGUAGAAAAUGAGGAGCUUUCUAGGGAAGACUCACACUGGAGCGUACAGGAACAAUCUGAGGAUGGUCCCUCCUCAGGGAGGGGGCUAUUUGACAUCAAAUAUCACACUCUCAUCUCCAUUGGGAAGGGAGCAUUUGGAUUUGUGAAGUUAGCAAAAAGAAAAAUUGAUGAGGAAGAGGUUGUGGUGAAGUUCAUCAAGAAGAAUAAAGUAUUAUCAGAGUGUUGGACAGAAGAUCAGCAAGGCAAAAGAUUGCCAUUGGAAGUGUCGCUUCUUAAAAUGUUACAACAUCCUAAUAUUGUUCGGGUGAUAGAUGUGUUUGAGAAUGAAGACUAUAUCCAAAUGGUGAUGGAGAAACAUGGCAGUGGUAUGGACUUGUUCGAGUUCAUUGACCGUUCCCCACUGAUGGACGAAGCUCUGGCCAGCUAUAUUUUCAGACAGAUUGUGGCAGGGGUAGGUUAUUUGCACAGCCUAAAUAUCGUUCACCGUGACAUCAAGGACGAGAAUGUCAUUCUUAAUGAGAAUUUCCGGAUAAAGUUGAUUGACUUUGGAGCUGCAGCCUACAUGAUGCCAGGGAAAUUGUUUGGGACGUUUUGUGGUACCAUGGAGUACUGCAGUCCUGAAGUCCUCUUGGGAAAUAGGUACCAGGGUCCGGAACUAGAAAUGUGGUCAAUGGGCGUUACUUUAUACACACUGGUUUAUGGAGAAAACCCAUUCUUUGAUGUGGAGGAGACCAUUAAAGGAAAACUAAAACCACCAUUCCAAGUCUCAAGAGCUCUUACACAUCUACUCUCUGGACUUUUAAACCCCAGUCCUGCUAAGCGGGUCACCAUUAAGGAUUGUCAGAGAGAUUUAUGGACAAACCAACCAGUUGAUUCAACCCAAUAUACCUGGGAGGAAGUUUUACCAAACUGUGAAUUUCAUGGAAAUACUGCCUCAGACAAUAGAAUCGACUCUCCCGAGUCCAAACUGGACCGCAAGGCUUCCCUCAGCCACACUGACCAAUAUAUUGACAAGGUGUACACAGAUCUUCCUCACUCUCUCCCUUCAUUCUCGCCACCAAGUUAUCAGACACACAUGCUGGAUUCCAAAUAUUGCUCCAUUGUAGACGUUUAAACACAGAAAGAAUUUUAUACCAGUUUGGUGAAGAAUAAUUUCCUGAUAGACCAGUGGUGUGAACAGUGCUUCGUAUCUCCCUUAACCAUUUACAGUGUGAAAUAUAUCAAGGUGAAAGAAUGUUAUCAUGAACAGGCUGUAGACCAAUAUAACUUAAAAUUUAUUUGCAAAUUGAAAUCAUUAGUAUGAGAUUGAAGAUGUGUACUACAAUCCUUAGUGUGUAGAGGUUAACAGCUAUAUACAUUGUGUUUUGAGAUAUACAUGUGACAAAUUAUGUUUUGUGCCACAUUUAACUGGUAUUUAUCCUGGUGCUGUUUUUCUCUUUUUUUUUUUGUUUCAUUUUAGGUUGAUAAGAAUUUAAACAUAUACAGUUUUGUAAAAUCCUAGCAAUGCAAAUCUAUGCAAUAUAUCUGCAAUGUUAAUGAUGCCAAUUUUGUUGACAUUCAGGUUGACCACAAAUUCUCUUUCAUGCUAUGACCAAAGGUGUAAUAUAAAGGUUGUAUACAUGUAUUUUAGGCUUGUUUCAAUUUUUUCAGAAUUACAAGGUAGUGACCAUAGUUUUAAAUUAUCUGAACCCUAGGUUCUCAAAUGAGCUUUCUAAUCAAAAAUGUUCUAUUGUUGUUCUUAACUUGUCACAUUUUCUCCUUUUCCAGAACCACAUUGGUAAUUUCAACCAAACGUGGUGAAAAACUUUAUGAGGAGUCAACUUGUUCAAAUUAAAAGAAUUGCUUCCUUCUAAGAGGAGAUAUUUGGAAAGUAUAUUAGGAAGUUUUGAAAAUCUUCAACAUAGUAUACAAGCACCCUUAUGUAUUCUGUAGAUUUGAAUUAUUUUAAACCAUAACAGUGGAGCCACAAUAGGGGGUUUAAAAUCAAAUUAAUGGAAAUAAUUUUCUUUCGUAGGAUACAAUUUGUCAAUUUAAUUUGUAAGAAUUCUCAUGUAGUGCACACACGAUGACGCCUAGGGCAAAGGUUGGGCCACAACAGGGGAUUAAAUUCCUACAUAGACAUAUUUACGGGUUGAUUAUAGUUUUAAUCAAGAAUUGCAAAUGUUACAAUGUUCAAAUUGGUUCAGAACUAACCCUAGUCUAAUGGAAAUCUAGUAAAGAUACUGUACAUGUACCAUUGAACUAGUUGACUGUAAAAGUACAAAUGGUCAAUAGGACUAUUAUAAACUAUAGGAUUUAUAAAGAAUUCAAAUGUUCUCUUCAAAUAGACUUGUUCAAGUUGUUUUGAUUCUUUAAAUGCUUCAAUACAAUAGUGACCCAAUAGCACUAUUAAAGCAUGCACUCCAAACACUUUUAACAUUUAAAUAUAAUGAUAAGGUGGGCGUUGUGGAACAUGGGUCUCUUGUUAAUAUGCUAUUUGUUUUUGGUUGACCUAAGCUAAAUUCCUUCAAACUUAACUCAAGGGCCAAACAGGGAUGCAAAACUUAUGAGACACUUUGUAAAGGAAUAAUUUUUAAAAUAAUUUGACCAGAAAGUGGCUUAGAAGAAAGUGUAACAAAGAAUCUGGGGUACAAGGUUGGGGGAUCAAGAACAUCUAGGUAUCAGUUUGUCAGUAUUAUAUAUUGCAGUGUAGAUUUAUGUUUGCUAUAAAUAUCAAAAGAUGAAGGAUAAUAGUUCUUCCAUGAUUAACUGUUUAAUGGGUUGUAGACAUUUUGUAUAGCAUAUUAAUCAGUUAGAGAAAUGAUGUUGACUCGUACAUGUAUGUAUUUAUAUUAUAGAUUUGCUCUGGCAGUCAUCAAACGCAAUAUAGCCCAUGUAACAUUCAAAAUAUAUAUGAGAUUCAGUUAUUUUAUAACUGCUGUUAUUAAACAUUUUUAUCCUCAAAA